AGGAGCACUGCUACCACGCCGAGCCCGACCUGCAGACGCUGAUGGAGACCUCCCGCGACCCGGACCGGCUGCUCUGGGCCUGGACGGGCUGGAGGAAGGCCGUCGGACCGCCCAUGAGGGAAGUCUACCCGCAGCUGAUUGACGUACUCAACAGCGGAGCGAGACAUGCGGGGUUCCCGGAUAUGGGCGCCGUGUGGCGGUACGAGCUGGAGAUGCCCAACAUCGAGCAGACCGCGGCCGGCCUGUACGAGGAGAUCAAGCCGCUGUACCAGCAGCUGCACGCGCUGGUGCGGGCUCAGCUGCGCAGCUACUACGGGCCGCAACUGGUGUCCGCCGACGGUCCCAUACCGGCCCACCUGCUCGGCAAUCUGUGGUCUCAGAGCUGGCAGUCGCUGGAGGACAUUGUCAGCCCGCUCUCUGAAACUCAGCGACCGGACCUGAGCCGAAAACUCGCGGAAAAGUUCUCCGUCACCGACUUCGUCAAGCUGGCCGAAAAUUUCUACGUGUCUCUGGGACUACCACCGAUGACUGAGAAAUUCUGGCGAAACAGCAUCUUCCAGCGCCCGGACGACAACCGCAAUAUGACCUGCCACGCAUCGUCUGCUGACUUCUUCACAGACGACGAUUUUAGAAUCCUGAUGUGCCUGGAGCGAAACGAGCGAGAUUUUGGCGUCAUCCACCACGAGAUGGGCCACAUCCAGUACUUCAUGGCGUACCGGCACCUGCCCACCAUACUACGGGACGGCGCCAAUUCUGCCUUUCACGAGGCAGUAGGGGACACGUUUUUCUACUCGAUAUUCGGGCCGGCGCACCUGCGGAGACUGGGGCUCAUCGACGACGAUGGCUUCUCACCAGAGCGGAGCCUGCAGCUGCUGCUGCAGCGGGCGCUGGCCAAAAUCCCUCUGAUCGGGUUCAGCCUGUCGCUGGACAGGUGGCGCUGGCAGGUGUACGCCGGUAGGGUGGCGCCCGAGCGCUACAACGCCGCCUGGUGGCAGCUCCGGGAGCAGCUCUCCGGCGUGCAACACCCCGCCUGCACCGCGCAACAGAUGGAGGCCGGCUGCAACGCCGACGGCAUGGAUCCCGGAGCAAAGUUCCACGUGGCACAUAAUAUCCCGCAUAUCAGGUAG